UUGUAUAGAAAUUUAGAUUAUAGGUUCGAUAUAAUUUUUCAUGAUAGAAGACAUGAUGACCAAAGAACGGCUCUCGUCUUGCCUUUUAUUUAUCACUGUCACACUCAGCGUAUCUCAAGCCUCUGUUCCUGUCUACCUACACACGUACGAAACAACACCAAAAUACGUUAAAGGAAGCAAAGGAAAUCCUGCUACGUGCAGCGCAGAUGUUUCUGACGCUUUAAAGUUCAAUAUACUCGAUCCUGGUCUUACCGCGACGCGAGGAGACUCUUCAUUCAAAACUUUAGAUUUCACUCGUCAUUACUUGGUGGACGUGGAUGCGUACAUAUAUAUUAAUAGAUAUGACGGUCGCAGAUCGUUUGAACGGGCUGGUAGCUUCACGACAAGGAAGAAUCAUUUUUUUAAGGGUACGACCGCGUACGAAUCCACCGAAUAUCCAAAUCAAUUCUUGAUGUGUAAAAGCGGACAACUCGUACUUGAGAAAGUAAAAACUUCAAAGGAAAUGGGACGAGCUAGCUUCAUAACUGCUGAAGUUUCCGGAGCUUAUGACGACAAUUGGACUCCCUGCACUAAACCUUGCGGUGGAGGAAUUCAAAAGCCUAAGAAACGGACUUGCAUCUCUGCAUUCUGGUGUGAAGAGGAGAGAACAAGGCCUUGCAAUACUUUUAAAUGUAAAGAAAAAGACAUCUGUGACUCGGAUCCAUGUCUGAAUGGUGGUGCCUGUCGAGCAACUGAUGGAACUUUUCAUUGCUUAUGCAGACCAGGGUAUAGAGGAGAAAGGUGUGAAAGAAAAGCAGAGAAAAAUCCUUGCUUGCCGAACCCGUGCAAGAACCGAGGAUCGUGCGUGAGGACAGGAUCUAAAUACGUUUGUCGGUGUAAAGCUGGAUUCAGUGGAAAGCAUUGUGAAACAGCCAACUUAGCAAGUUGCAAUCCCAACCCAUGUGCGAAUGGUAAAUGCACCGAAGCCGGUACAAGAGUUAUAUGUGAUUGUAACAUAGGAUACUACGGGGAUCGAUGCCAGAUAGAACUUAAACUAAAACAAUGGAGUCCGUGCUCCAAGUUAUGUGGUGGAGGAACAAGAUACAGAAGCAAAUCAUCUUGCAAACGAAAAAAAGUCGAAGACUGCCCAAGAGAAUAUGGAGAUUGUAACACGAAAGAAUGUCCCGAUGUAAACUGCCCAGCAAAUCAUAUCCAUCGCUUCCAAACGCCGUCAUCCUGUUGCAAGAAAAGUAGAGGAAGUGAAUGUGGAAGUACAGUGAAGUCAUCGGUGGUUCAGAGGGUCAUAGGUGGAGUGGUAUCAAAACCGAAAAUGUGGCCUUCAAUGGCUGCAAUUUAUCAGAAAUCUACCAACGAGUUUUUCUGUGGCGGAAUUAUCAUACACAAGCAAUGGAUCUUGACUGCAGGACAUUGCGCCGAGGCAUACCCUGCUACAGAUCUCAAGAUUCUUGUUGGAACAACCCAUCGGGAUAAUCUCCAAUCGACGCACCAGUGGGCGCAAGCAAGCAAGAUAUUUCUGCAUCCAAAUUACAAAAACCCUGUCGACGAUGUUGCUUUGAUAAAGUUGAAAUCGCCUCUCAAAUUCAACGAUGCCGUACGUAAAGUAUGUCUACCAAACGGAGAAAAAACGGACCAAGAUUUGAAGUGCUUUGCUCCUGGAUGGGGAGUUGCCUUCAAGUCCAAUAUACCGACUAGGGAAGGAUCUCCCGUAUUGAAGCAUGUUGGACUCAGAACCCUCCCUCUCGAUGCCUGUGUGCAAGGUUAUAUUAAUAGCGGGUAUUCAGAUGCUGUCACAACCAGGACUUUAUGUGCAGGCCUUCUAAGUGGUGGAAAAGACACUUGCAUUGGUGACAGCGGCGGACCUCUGCUAUGCCAAAGCAAAUCCUCAUGUGACUGGUAUGUAGCAGGAGUUACAGCGUUUGGUCCUCAUGAUUGUGGGGUCGGUUACAUCCCUGCUGGAUUCGUGGACGUCGUGCAAUAUGAAGACUGGAUAUACCGGACCAUGGACCGGAAUUAGGAGUAAAUUAUGUGAAAUAGAUUUUACUCAAAUUGAACUUUGUUUUAUUAAAUAU